AAAAGAUUUACGAAAUAUUUCAUAUGGAUUUGAUAUGUGUAAAGAGCUAAUUACUAAAUCUAAAGUGUAAAUGAAUCUGAGUAUGAAUGCAGAAGACGCGAAGAUCCCAAAUACCGAAGGAGAUUGGCAUUCUAUUGAGAUAUUCUUGUUCUCAAACGGUCAGCAGUACUCACCACCCAGGAAAUAUCACUUAGACGCUGAUGAGCUCAACUGGUGGGAGGCAACAUUGAACCAAUUGGCACAAUCACAUUAUGGAAUACAACAGCCCCAAAUAUAUUUAUACACAAUAGACGGUCACCUGGUGGAGGGUCCACUGGAGCUAAAAGAUGGCCAGGCCUAUGUUGCUGUUCAACCACCAGAAGAGUUCAUUGACGCUGGCUAUCAAAAAUACCUUCUAAAAGCUUCAAGGUCCUGGGAAAAGCGGCAAGCAAAAAAGAAAGCUGGUUGUUGCUACGAAGACUGUACUGGCUAUCCAAAGGAUGUGGACAGAUUCUCGUCGGGUUCUAUUGAGCCUUUAAUGCCUGCUACUAAACAACCGGACUGGAAAUCACCAGAUGGAAACUUCGUGACGACCGUGCGUCCCAAACCAGAAACUGGCAUAUAUUAUCCCAGUGACUAUGGAGGCGUGCUUAGUAAGUCUGGGACUAUAAGUCACCCUGAACCUAACAAGGUCUAUAAAAGUGAGCCAUAUGACAAUAAACCAUCUAAACAAGACUCAGGUACAGACUUGAGAAGAGAUAAUGACAAUUCUAGUAAGACUAGCAACCAAAGCCCCAGUCUCUCUAGACCUAGGAAUACUGGUGGAGUUCAGGUGACUGAUCAUAAUGGUGAAUCAGAUAAUGUUGAGCCCUGGACAAGUAAAGUUGCAUCAAAACCAAAACCAGAUUUAAAAGGAAGGGAACAAAGUGAAAUGGAAGGAUUUCAUGUCGAACCUCAACGUAUACUCGGAUCGAUGGACCGUGGAUUUCAACAAAGAAAUUAUGAUAAAACUUUUGACGAUUACGAUUCCGAUGAAACCAGUCCCGGUUCAAUGUUCACUCAUGGUACAAUGUCAUUUACUCACAAACCUAGAUCAAGUGAUAAUGGAAGUAAAAUUGGCCAACAAAGAGCUAGACCGGGGGAUUAUGGAUCUAAGGAUGGUGGAAAUGUAGCUACGUUGAGUAAAAAUAGACCAAGUUUUGGAGAAAAUGGUAAAAAUGAAAUUAAAUUGGAGAAGAAUGGGAUCGAAUCUAGUGUAAAUGAACCGAUGUCAACAGAAUUAGUUGAACAAGAAAAUAAUCCUGAUGAUCAAACAUUUUUAACUGAUGCACCAAUAAAUACAGGGAUGGGUAAUUUGGGAGACAAAAAAAAAUAUAAUGACAACCAAAUGGGAGAAGAAAUACCAGAGAGAAAUUACAGUGCAACCAAGGCAAAUGAAUUUAUACAUAAAACUAUUGAUUCAAGGGAAAGAUCUGCCGAAGCAAGAAACAAAGAUGGUUAUACCCCAACACGACAAAUAAGUGAUCUAAAACACAAUGGUCUUGAAUAUAAAGGUCAGCCUAGUAAGCAGAGAGGCAGUGAAAGUGAAUACAUACGCAAGUCGAGUCUACAGAAACCUAGAAAUGGAAUGCAUGAAAACAAAGCAGGAGAACCAAAAAGCUUAGAUAAUGAAAAAAAUAAUGAAUACAAAAAACCAGAAAAUAUAAAUGAGAGGAGAAUGAGUGACUUAAAAAGCAAUGAUAAUGAGUAUAAAGGUCAACCUAUUAUACAAAAAGUCAGAGAAAAUGAAUACGUGCGUAAGUCGAGUCUACAGAAACCUAAAAACGGAAGCAAAAUAGAAGAACCAAGAAGUUUAGAUAAUGAAAAUAUAAAUGAAUACAAUAAUGGAAAAAAUAAAUAUGAGCGGAGAAUGAGUGAAUUAAGUAGCAAUGGUCUUGAGUAUAAAGGUCAGCCUAGUGAAAAAAGAGGCAGUGAAAAUGAACAUAUACGUAAGUCCAGUCAACAGAAACCUAGAAACGGCAGUAGCGCAGAAGAACCAAGAAGUUUAGAUAAUGAAAAUAUAAAUGAAUACAAUAAUGGAAAAAAUAAAUAUGAGCGGAAAAUGAGUGAACUAAAUAGCAAUGGUCUUGAGUAUAGAGGUCAGCCUAAUGAAAAGAGGGGCAGUGAAAAUGAAUACAUGCGCAAUCUGAGUCAACAGAACCCUAGAGAUGGAAAGAAUGGUAGCAAAAUAGGAGAACCAAGAAACUCACUCAAUGACAAUAUAAGUGAAUAUAGAAGUGAAUACACAGAAAAAAUACCUGACCGUGUUAUGAAUGAACUGAAAAGGGGUGGUCUUGAUUAUACAGGGCAGGUUUAUGAAAUGUGCAAUGAAUGUAAUGAUUACAAAGGUCAGGCUAGUGAACACACAUGCAAUGAAAAUGAAUGCACCCCCAGAUCAAGUCAACAGAAACCUAGAAAUGGAAUAAACGGAAAUAAAAUAGAAGAACCAAGAAGCUCACUCAAUGACAAUAUAAGUGAAUAUAAAAGUGAAUACACAGAAAAAAUACCUGACCGUGUUAUGAAUGAACUGAAAAGGGAUGAUCUUGAUUAUAUAGGUCAGGUUUAUGAAAUGUGCAAUGAAUGCAAUGAUUACAAAGGUCAGCCUAGUGAACACACAUGCAAUGAAAAUGAAUGCACACCCAGAUCGAGUCAACAGAAACCUAGAAAUGGAAUAAACGGAAAUAAUAUUGAAGAACCAAGAAGCACAUAUAAUAAAAAUAUAAGUGAAUAUAAUAGUGAAUACAAUGACGCACAAAAUAAAUUUGAUCGGAGAAUGAGUGAACUAAAAAGAGAUGGUCUUGAUCAUAAAAGUCAGCUUUAUGAAAUGUGCAAUGAAUGCAAUGAUUACAAUGGUCAGGCUAGUGAACACAGAUGCAAUAAAAAUGAAUGCACACCAAAAUCGAGUCAACAGAAACCUAGGAACGGAAUGAACGGAAGUAAAGUAGAAGAACCAAGAAGCUCACUCAAUGAAAAUAUAAGUGAAUAUAAUAAUGAAUACAAUAACGCAGAAACUAAAUUUGGCCGGAGAAUGAGUGAACUGAAAAGAAAUGGUCUUGAUCAUAAACGUCAGACUAGUGAACAGAGAGUUAGUAAAAUGGAAUACAUACCUAAACCGAGUCAACAGAAACCUAGAAACGGAACAAACGGCAACAAAAUAGAAGAGCCAAGAAACUCACUCAAUAAAUAUAAAAGUGACUACAAUAACGCAGAAAAUAAAUUUGACCAAAGAAUGAAUGACCUGAGAAACAAUAGUAUUGAAUAUAGAGGUCGCCUUAGCAAUCAGAGAGGCAGAGAAAAUGAAACUGCGCGAAAAUCAAGUCAACAGAAAACAAGAGACGGAUUGCAUGGAAGUAGAUUAAGUGACCCUAGAAGCUCAUUGAAUGACAAUAUAAGUCAACAGAAUAAAGCAGAACAUAAAUAUGAUCGGAAAAUAAGUGAAUUGAAAAACAAUGGUAUUGGAUAUAAAGGUCCACCUAGUGAACAGAAAGGCAGAGAAAAUGAACAUACACGCAAGCUGAGUCAACAGAAAACUAGAAACGGAAUGAAUGGAAACAAAGUAGGAGAACCAAGAAGCUCAGUUAAUGAAAAUACAGCUAGAAUAAACGAGUCUAGAUUGAAAGAUCCUGAGCGAAAUAAUCGAGUAAGUCUGCAGAAAAUUAGAGAAAGUGAUCUUGGAUCUAGAUUCGGAGAAAAUCACAGCAAAGGUGGUGAUCUUCGGAUCAGGGGUGGCAGUGGUCAAGAUACUGAAAGGAAAGGCUCACUUUUGAAAACAGCUGAUCAUCGUAACAAGCCGAUUACAGCUGGAGCGAGAACAAGUAUUAAAGAGAAAACAAAUCCUAGACCUAGAUUGGGAGUACCGCCUGUGCAACUAGAUGAAUCUGAAACUCCAUUAGGUGAUACUGACAUCAACGAUAGAUUAGGCGAACCGAAUCCCAUACUAAAUGAUGUCGACAAAAGAACUUUUCAACCUGUGAGAUUAGACAAUACAGGAGGAAACACGACUAUAGUAACUUCUCCUAUAACUGAAACACAACAACAGGCACGUAAAAGUAGCUUAUCUACAGGAAAGUCAUCGAACAAUUAUCCAAGUGUCUACAAAACUAUAACACAUUGGCCACAAAAUCCGAUUUCCAAUGUACCAAAUCAAUCAGAAGAGAAAUUAGUUACAAAAGAUAAUACAGAUAUCCCUGACUUUGUUUCUAAUGAACUUAAAAAACAAUACUCAGUAGCCAAAUAUCCACUCCAGCACAUUACUUCACCUGUUACUACACCUCCGAUGGUAGAAUUUGGUUCUAAGGACACAAAGAAAGCUUCCACUUCAAUUAUAAAGGUUAUAUCUAAUCAAAAAAGUUUAGCAGCAGAUAGUAUUCCUAUAGAAAAUUUUAUUGGUGAUAAAGAAAUAAUUAUUAUCUCUAAAAAUUUACUAAGAAAUCCUGAAACUGAAAUAGCCUCCAUGAGAUUAGAUUCGGUUAAACACGUUAUUGAUGAUAUUAAGGAUGCUCCGGACCAAGCAAAAACAGGACUUUUUACUAUUCAGCGCAGCGUCAUAUCUAUCCCUGUUAACGAAGGAGUUCAAACGUAUGCAGAAGUUUGUGAUGCAGCGGAGCAGCAUGGGCAGGGAGCUAUUGCAUAUAAUACAACAAAAAUGCAGUGGGCAUUUUCUAACUUACCUAGCUUACAAGACAGCAUGGUCGCUACUAAUGAAAAAGAAAAUGUCAUAUCAAUUUUAAAUAAAGGGGACAUAGUCAAUCUCAAACUGAACAUUGAAGUUAUAAAUGGAGACAGGUCAGUGGUAUCAUCCCAAAAUACUACCCAAAAGUCCAGGUCCUUAACAAAUAUAGUUACUAUAGAAAAAGGAUCACAAAUAACGAUAGAUGAUGAUUUAUAUGAGCAAAGCAAAUCAUUACAAUCAUUACUCGAUGAAGAGACUUGUAAGGGAAGCGGUUUUGAGGGUCAUCCGAAAGUAAUGGUUGUCCAAUGUGCUUGUUGUGACAGACUAAAUAACCAGCCCCGAAGCGAUCUACCAGCAUGCUGUGAAAGUAAAAAGUAUAUCGUGUUAUUACCAAGCUCUCCGCAACAUUUAGAAGAUGGAUGUAAUUGUGAUAAUCUGCGUCAGUCACGUGCAUCCACAGUGCAGUGUGAUGCAAAACGAUUCAGUAGUGGUAUUCCAAUAAAGAAGACUCAUUCAGAUAUGGCUUUAGAAACUGGUGCAACAAAUAAAAAAGACACAGGAAGGCUUAUUGCUGUCAUAAACUCCACAUCUCAAACAGAAGAUACUAAAAGUGAAUGUCUAGUGACUAAACAUAAAGUAAGCAUAACUGAAGACAGUUUGAAAUGCGCGUUUAGAAAAGAUAGCUUUUCUCAGCUAUCUAUGGCGACCCAUGCCCCUUGCACUGCCACUUGCCAUGCCACUUGCAAUACACCAAACACCAACUGCAACAAAUUAUAUCCUCAAACAAGCGUCCAAACGGAUGAUUCGCAACAAUCCUCACAGCCACAGCUUGGGUCAAAAAUAUCCCGCGGCGUGCUGAAGCAGUGUCCGCAAAUUUGUCCACAAGCAGGUCCUCAAGUAGUGAUAGUACAAAAUUGCCCACAGACACAAAAUUGUCCAGCAUUGCAACCACAAAAUUGUCCAGCAUUGCAAUCACAAAAUUGUCCAGCAUUGCAAUCACAAAAUUGUUCUCAACCUGCACAAACGAUGUGCUGUCCACAAACACAAUCACAAAGUUGCCCUGACACAAGUCAGCAAGUGCAAACCCAAGGUUGUCCACAAAGAUGUCCUCAAACUCAAAACCAAACACAGCAACAGGAACAGGUACAAGAAAAAUGUCAGACUUGUCCUCCAGUACAAGACACUACACAAAACCCAUCGCAAACUCAAAUGCAGUCACAAGAAAGCUCUCAACCAAAAGAAGGAACGAAUCAGUCACAAGGAAGUCAGAAAGUCUGUCCACCGACAUGCCUACAGAAAAACCCAGAAGUUGAUGAACAAUUGACCAGUCGAGUAUGCAUGCAAGUGCAGUCCCAAGCAGGCCAGCAGGAUGUCUCACACACGCACUCACAGACGCAGUGGUGCUGUGUUAUGCUGGAAGCUCGACUCCAUGAAGAUGGGCGAUAUUCAUUCCAUCUGCCGCCGUUGGACGUAUUGAAACAUUAUUCAUUUUGAAAAUACAAAACAUACAAAUAAUUAUUUUCGUUUUCUUUUUACUUGAGUUAUUGGGUACUUUUUUUUGCUGUCGUCCCUGGACUUGUACAAUACUACGAAGAGGCAUAUUGAUUUGCUUUUUCGUUACAACAGGCGCUUUUAUUACACCAGCAAUAGCUAUUCAUC